UUCUGAUUGGCCAGCGUUAGGAGGCGGGACGGAACGCGUCCAGUUACGUCUCCGUUUUGCCACUGAGCUGAGCUCUCCUUCCUGGCUAGAGGACACGGUCAAGAUGGCGAUGGUAGCCGGCCUAUGGCGAAGGCGGCUCUCCGGCUGCGGCAAACAGGUGGCCGGGCUGCUGAGGAGGAGGUUUCACCGGACGGCCCCGGCGGCGCUGCAGGUAACAGUUCGGGAUGCUUUAAAUCAGGCAUUGGAUGAGGAACUGGAGAGAGAUGAGAAGGUAUUUCUGCUUGGAGAGGAAGUUGCCCAGUAUGAUGGUGCAUAUAAGGUUAGUAGAGGUCUUUGGAAGAAAUACGGAGAUAAGAGAAUAAUAGACACUCCUAUAUCUGAGAUGGGCUUUGCUGGAAUUGCUGUAGGCGCAGCUAUGGCGGGGUUGAGACCUAUCUGUGAAUUCAUGACCUUCAACUUUUCAAUGCAAGCAAUUGACCAAGUUGUGAACUCAGCUGCCAAGACUUACUACAUGUCAGGUGGUACUGUGCCAGUGCCUAUUGUAUUCAGAGGGCCUAAUGGUGCCUCUGCGGGCGUAGCUGCCCAGCACUCACAAUGCUUUGCUGCUUGGUACGGGCACUGUCCUGGACUAAAAGUGGUCAGUCCUUGGAGUGCAGAAGAUGCUAAAGGACUCCUGAAAUCAGCAAUCCGGGAUGAUAAUCCAGUGGUGAUGUUGGAAAACGAAUUGAUGUAUGGAGUUCCUUUUGAAUUUCCAGAAGAAGCUCAAUCAAAAGAUUUUGUGGUUCCUAUGGGGAAAGCUAAAAUAGAAAAGCAAGGCACCCAUAUUACCUUGGUUUCACACUCAAGAUCUGUUGGCCACUGUAUGGAAGCAGCUGCUGUACUAGCAAAAGAGGGGAUUGAAUGUGAGGUGAUAAACCUGCGUACCAUCAGACCAAUGGACAUUGACACCAUUGAGGCUAGUGUAGUAAAGACCAACCAUCUCGUAACUGUUGAAGGAGGCUGGCCGCAGUUUGGAGUCGGAGCUGAAAUUUGUGCCCGAAUCAUGGAAGGUCCCGCAUUCAACUUCUUGGAUGCUCCUGCUGUUCGUGUCACUGGUGCUGAUGUUCCUAUGCCUUAUGCGAAGACUCUAGAAGAGAAUUGCAUACCUCAAGUCAAGGAUAUCAUAUUUGCAACAAAGAAAACACUUAAUGUUUAGCUUUUUCUCUUGAAAUUCAAGUCUGUUGGGAUUUGUUUUUAAAAACUUGCUUAAUGGUAAAAGGAGCUAUUAUUUAACCUAGACUCUACUACAUGAAUUCAACUUAUUUAACUAUUUUAUUCUCUAGCCACAAGGCCUACCUUUUUCUGUUGAAGGAAGGUCUAAGGCUGCUUGAUGUGGCGAAAUGCACACUCUACCAGCUUCCCUGCCCUUUUUGUCUGUUACCAUUGCCAUGUCUGGGGGGGGGUUGGGGAGGAUAGGGAUGGGAAAGGGUUAAUGUAAAAUUUUAUCAUAUCUUGUGUCUCAAAAUGCCAGUUGGGGCAAGAGUACUGAGUAAGCAUAUCUUCAAAAAGUAUAUAACAUGAAAGAAGUCUACCUUGACUAGAUUGUUUUUUAAACAAAUAAAUAAAUUCCAGACCCUUGUUGGA